UAGAGAUAGUGCAGAACAUCCAAGGGUAGCUCAGUUUGUUGACGCCCACAACAUAUACCACCACCACCAAGCAGUCUCACUCUCGCCGCAGGGGAUACGCGAUCCCUCGAGAGCUACUUACGUUCGAGUCUAUAUCUUCUUCGAGUCGCUCGUUAAAGCCGGCAUCUUCACUUCCCAACAAUCCGAGGCUUCCCAGCUACUCUCGCUCGCAUACGUCAGUUCACUCCCAACAAAGAAGAUAACACCCUAUUUCAUAUCUGUAUAGGAGUCCCAAUUUGCAUGCAUACUCGCUUCCGUUAACCAAGAUCGCUCUGCCUGCAAGAGAUUUAACAUCUCAUAUGCGGGCAAGCUCUAGAGCUCUAGAGCUUCGAAGAAACCCAUGCCGCCGCACUCUGCGAUGAAAACAAGGCCGCAAUUGUUUGGAUACGUCCAGCAACGAGCUCCACCACCUGCUCUUAGCCAUGGAACAGUCCAUCGCAAAUAAUACCAAUACCAAUAACAAUAACAAUCAUAUACUAGGUUCAAAAAUUAGGCCUCCAAGCGUUCUUGGAGCGUCUCUAAAGCUCACGCCAGCGAAGUCUCCAAUCCUAAAACCGGCAGCAAGACCACCUCACAGACCCCCUCAUUACUCGACAUUAUCCUUGCAGACUGUGAUCGGAACAACUACCUCAAACCCGAAUGGCUUCUCCUUCCACGAGCCUACGAAAUCAUUUGCGCUGUGUGCAGGUUCAGCGACGAUUCUGGCAGAGAUAGAUGAGGACCUAAACAUCUCGCAGCGUUUCUUUCGCGCACGGCCUACCGCAUCUCCCGUUAAUCCUAUCCAGUCAUUCUAUAAUACAUCGACACCUCCCACUACGCCAGAUACGCGAACGAGGUCGCUUCAACCGACGGGUAGAGCGUCGACUAUAAACGGAGCGCCGUAUGCGAACUCUCCAAACUCAGAAUGGGGUGAGAAUACCAGCUCGCGAACAUGGACUUCGCGAGAAAGGAUAAAAGCCAUUACAUGUGUUUCGAUAAGCCCAAAUGGCAGGUUUUUAGCAGUAGGAGAGACUGGGUAUUCCCCUCGGGUUUUAAUAUUCUCAACCGCCAAGGACUCUCCACUUGAUAUCCCUCUUUCGAUAAUGAUGGAUCACUCGUUUGGCAUUCGUAGCCUCGCAUUCAGUCCCACCUCGCAAUAUUUGGCUACGCUCGGUGAUAUUAAUGACGGAUUUUUGUUCAUCUGGAGCGUGAACUUGAAGAAUGGCGCGGCGAAGCUACACUCGACAAACAAAUGCACCUCAUUCGUUAGGGAUAUAUGCUGGAUGGGAAAUAGUUUAAUAACUGUUGGGAUACGACACGUUAAGGUCUGGCGAUUGACAGACCCUAGGCCUAACUCACCAUCCAAACAGCAGCGAUUCACUCUCGAUGCCCCGGUGCCUUCUCCCUCGAGUUCCUCGCCAAAAGCACUUGCCGGAAGAAACUGUCUUCUAGGCACCUUGGGUGACUGUACAUUCACCUGCGUUGCAAGCAUCUCAGACAGUGAAGCAAUUGUUUGCUCCGAUAGCGGCAUGGUUUGUAUUCUUGAUGACACGAGGACACAGCAAAAGUUACACUUCGUCAAAAGCGUGGCUUUUGGUAUUAGCUCCAUUGCUGUAGACCAUGAGUCUGGAAUGGUUUGGCUUGGUGGCCGUGGCCGGAUAAUACAAAGAUCUUCGAUUGUGGAAUUGAAAUCAUUGAUCUCCCAAUCACCAACAUACCCGGACUAUGACGAACGACUCUCGUCUACUCCAAAGACGAAAAUGCCGGCGAUCAUCUCGAUGGGUAUAUUCUCCACUCAUAUGGUCACGGUAGAUUCCACUCGCGCAAUACGCGUUUGCCCACUCGACAGGGUAGGCGAGGAUAAUGUCGAGACCCUAGUGGAAACAUCCAUGCCAGCACAUCGAGAUGCAGUACUUGGUAUUGGACUUCUCAAGUCCUCCAACCCGCACGAAGCAGACUUUUUCACCUGGUCAUCAGGCGGAACUGUCAAUUUCUGGAGCCUUCAGGGCAGAUGUCGUGCGACGAGGAAAGUAGAUCUGGAGCAAUUACCCGGCAAUGAUGAUGAUAAAAAUGAGUUGAAAAUUUUACGAACCACAGCGGAUAUGAGAACGUUUAUUUCUGGUGAUAAAUAUGGUGUAAUAAGGUUAAUCACCGGAGACCCAUGGGAAUGCACCAAUGAGGUUAGAGCCCAUGGCGGUGAAGUUACAGACAUUGCCGUCCAAGCAAAUAAUGCUGGAGUGAUCAUGGUCGCAACUUGCGGCCGUGAUAGGAUGGUUCAACUUUUUAAAAUCGCCCACAACUCCCUCGACUUGAUACAGACAAUGGACGAACAUGUUGGCGCUGUUGGACGCCUCCUAUUGCUGAAUGACGGUGAAAGGUUACUGUCAUGUUCUUCCGAUCGCACUGUCAUAGUUCGAGAUCGCAUGACCCGUGAAACCGAUGGGGAUACUACGAUAGCGUUCAGCUUGUCGAGAGUUCUCACUCUGAAGGCUUCACCAGUGUCAAUGGCCCUUUAUCCUGAUGGAGAGGAUACACUUAUUUUAUCCACUAUAGAUAGGCACAUCCAUAGAUUCGAUAUCCCAUCUGGAAGACAGAUCCAUUCAUUUAAAGCUUCAGACCCGGAAACGAAUGACACGGUCGUGGUCAGUUCAUUAAUGGCAAACUGCGAGAUCCCAGAACAAAGUCCACCGCUUCUUGUUGGAGUGUCAACGACAGACAAGUCAAUUCGAGUUUAUGACUUCGAAAAGGACGUACUCUUAACGCGAGAAUUUGGCCACACUGAAGGUGUCAGUGAUAUCGUACUACUCGAAACGAAGUCAGAGGAUACCAAUGCAAAAGGAAAGAAAACUCUAAUUAGUACAGGUCUUGAUGGUAUAAUUAUGAUUUGGAACCUUUCCAUCCUGCAACAACAACCUGUGCAGGAAACCCAACAGAUUGCACCAGUUCGCGCAGAAGACGUCACUCCAGCAAAGGAACUGACCGCCGUUAAGCCGCCACUGCGUCGAAUUCUCUCAAAAACUGAACUUGCGGGUUAUCAACGUCUUGAUGGCUACUCCUCAAGCCCUACGCCGGUCAGAGAGCAAUCGCCACCACGAGUCCGAAAGAAGACAUCCCGAUAUACAAUUAGCCCAUCAAUAUCCAAGAUCGGGUACAACUCGCCUACCAUCUCCACUCCUCCACUUCCCCCACCUCGUCGAUCAAGCGUCAUGAUGCCCGACUACAAGAGCAGGCGCUCUCCAUCCCCGCCAAGUCCCAAACCCCAACCCUCCAAAACCCUAUCAGUAAAAAAAAGUAACAGCAGCCUACGGCGUCCCUCUUAUGAUCUUCGCUCUCGCACAAAAUCUAAUGGCAAUACCAUCAACAACCCCUCUACCCCUUCACCUGCACAUACUAGCGAAUUCGGCAGUCUAAACAUGUCCACGGAGCAGGUCUGCAGGACAUUGAGAGCGUACAGAAAGAAAUUAAACGGCUCCACGGAUCACCUACAUGCCGCGACAGAGCUGGAAAGGGAACUUGAUCUCACCGUGCGAGCACUAGGUGAGCGGUCGAAGCGCAUCCAGGUCAACGGAAAUUCUCAUUCGCACGUACAGAAUCAUGUCAAACAAAGCAGAUCUAUCGGUACCCCGAUGCCGGUCAAAUCGCUAAGACUUGCGCGCCGGAUACCAUCCACUCCAAAUUUAAGUCGUAAUAUGAAUGGCGGAGGCCUAUAUAGGACGCACUCUUUGGACCCUGAUGGGGAAGGAUAGACGUGAUGAGGGUUUUGUUUCGCCCCAUCGUUUAAUAUUUUGUCUCUUUUUCUUUUCUCUUCCCUUUCGUUUACUUUUUCAUCCCUUCGUCUUUCUUCCCAUAUUUUUUUAAUAUCUCUCAAACCUUCGUACAAAAUGGCUUUAUUUAUUUUACUCUUGGUCAUUUUGCACCUUUCUGUUUUUCUUGUGGAUAUCCCUUUUCCCGUGGCCCGCAAAUUGGCUUUCUAUUAUACGUUGAAAACUUGUUUUUAAAUUUAAAAACCCUUUUCUCCUGAUUUGUUCGGCCUAUCUAAUAUAGGCCUCUACUUCCCUUCAUCCUCGCACGCCUUUCGGUUCUAUUUACAUUCUAAUUUUGUCCCGUCUAGUCCAUCCGACAUUUUCUUGUUCCUAUUUCCUUCUCCUCUCAUAUUCCCCUCUUAGUUUUCCCUCGUUCGUAUCUCUUUUCCUUCGUCCUUUCAAUCUUAUAGCCCCUUCGGUUUUUUUCCUUUUCCCUUUUGCCCCCUUCUCUAGAAGUUCAUUUUCGGCGGACAUACAUUCGUAAGAUCUUUCUUGUUUUUUUAUUCCCUCUUAUACAUAUUUAUUAAUAGCCAGCUUUCUAGGGGGAUGAAAGUAUUUUUGCGAAACUACGGCGGGCAAAUACAGGUAUGAUCUAGAUGGGUUGGAUGUGGAUCGAGCGCUUCUUUUUUUGUUUUGCCUUUUAAAUUCCUUUCCUAGCUAUUGUGCAGAGCUGGGGUCAUAGAAACAUAAAUUCGAGCAGCGGCUCUGUUUUGUUGAGCGCUAUAUGUUUUAUUUUUAUUCAAAUGCGUAGAAGAAGGACCUCCAUAAUAUUAUUAUUCCUAAUAAACUGAUAGAGGUCGGGAUUUCCUUUUCCCACCCCUGUAAUAUUUUCACUAUCAUUUUUAAUCCCAGUUUUCUCCAUGUCACUACUUAUUUAUUCCCAGCCCCUGGCCCAUUUUCGUCGGGCCUGCGCUCCUCUUGCCAACGGGUCUAUAGCUACUCAUUCGCAUUUCGAUUCUACUAGUUGUGUUUCCCUGUUUGGGGUCAUCUCUUCAGGGCUACAUAAAAUUAAACGGCUAAAAGACUCCGCUAGACUUUUAGGCUUGCAGUUAAAUGAUUGUAUAUAUCUAGUUAUAUCCGUAUGUUACAGAGCAACUAAUACCCCAAUUAACAAAUAAGCUAUCAAUAAACCAUCUUCCACCUCAUGCAGCCGCAGGGCUAAACUACUUUGAAGGGUAGCAUAGAAAUGGAAAUACUAA